CCGCUCUGCCGCGCGCGCAUGCUGGGGGCGAGUGCGGGGUCGGGCCUGCGCUCCGGGUGAGACGCUGGCUGCUUGCCGCUGGUGGAUGGUAAUUGCCUGCCUCGCGCUAGCAGGAAGCUGUUCUGUUAAAAGCGAAAAUGAAACAAUUGCCUGCGGCAACAGUUAGACUCCUUUCAAGUUCUCAGAUCAUCACUUCGGUUGUCAGUGUUGUAAAAGAGCUUAUUGAAAACUCCUUGGAUGCUGGUGCCACAAGCAUAGAUGUUAAACUGGAGAACUAUGGAUUUGAUAAAAUUGAGGUGCGAGAUAACGGGGAGGGUAUCAAGGCUGUUGAUGCACCUGUAAUGGCAAUGAAGUACUACACUUCAAAAAUAAAUAGUCAUGAAGAUCUUGAAAAUUUGACAACUUACGGUUUUCGUGGAGAAGCCUUGGGAUCAAUUUGUUGUGUAGCUGAGGUUUUAAUUACAACAAGGACGGCUGCUGAUAAUUUUAGCACCCAGUAUGUUUUAGAUGGCAGUGGCCACAUACUUUCUCAGAAACCUUCACAUCUUGGUCAAGGUACAACUGUAACUGCUUUAAGAUUAUUUAAGAAUCUACCUGUAAGAAAGCAGUUUUACUCAACUGCAAAAAAAUGUAAAGAUGAAAUAAAAAAGAUCCAAGAUCUCCUCAUGAGCUAUGGUAUCCUUAAACCUGACUUAAGGAUUGUUUUUGUACAUAACAAGGCAGUUAUUUGGCAGAAAACCAGAGUAUCAGAUCACAAGAUGGCUCUCAUGUCAGUUCUGGGGACUGCUGUUAUGAACAAUAUGGAAUCCUUUCAGUACCACUGUGAAGAAUCUCAGAUUUAUCUCAGUGGAUUUCUUCCAAAGUGUGACGCAGACCACUCUUUCACUAGUCUUUCAACACCAGAAAGAAGUUUCAUCUUCAUAAACAGUCGACCAGUACAUCAAAAAGAUAUCUUAAAGUUAAUCCGACAUCAUUACAAUCUGAAAUGCCUAAAGGAAUCUACUCGUUUGUAUCCUAUUUUCUUUCUGAAAAUCGAUGUUCCUACAGCUGAUGUUGAUGUAAAUUUAACACCAGAUAAAAGUCAAGUAUUAUUACAAAAUAAGGAAUCUGUUUUAAUUGCUCUUGAAAAUCUGAUGACGACUUGUUAUGGACCAUUACCUAGUACAAAUUCUUAUGAAAAUAAUGAAACAGAUGUUUCCGCAGCUGACAUCGUUCUUAGUAAAACAGCAGAAACAGAUGUGCUUUUUAAUAAAAUGGAAUCAUCUGGAAAGAAUUAUUCAAAUGUUGAUACUUCAGUCAUUCCGUUCCAAAAUGAUAUACCUAAUGAUGAAUCUGGAAAAAACACUGAUGAUUGUUUAAAUCACCAGAUAAGUUCUGGUGACUUUGGUUAUGGUCAUUGUAGUAGUGAAAUUUCUAACACUGAUAAAAACACUAAGAAUGCAUUUCAAGACAUUUCAAUGAGUAAUUUAUCAUGGGAGAACCCUCAGACGGCAUAUAGUAAAACUUGUUUUGUAGAUUCCGUUAAGCACACCCAGUCAGAAAAUGACAAUAAAGACCAUAUAGCUGAGAGUGGGGAAAAUGAGGAAGAAGCAGGUCUUGAAAACUCUUUGGAAAUUUCUGCAGAUGAGUGGAGCAGGGGAAAUAUACUUAAAAAUUCAAUGGGAGAGAAUAUUGAACCUGUGAAAAUUUUAGUGCCUGAAAAAAGUUUACCAUGUAAAGUAAGUAAUAAUAAUCAUCCAAGCCCUGAACAAACGAAUCUUAAUGAAGAUCUAUGUAACAAAAAAUCAAAUGUAAUAGAUAAUAAAUCUGGAAAAGUUACAGCUUAUGAUUUACUUAGCAAUCGAGUAAUCAAGAAACCCAUGUCAGCAAGUGCUCUUUUUGUUCAAGAUCAUCGUGCUCAGUUUCUCAUAGAAAAUCCCAAGACUAGUUUAGAGGAUGCAACACUACAAAUGGAAGAACUGUGGAAGACAUUGAGUGAAGACGAAAAACUGAAAUAUGAAGAGAAGGCUACUAAAGACUUGGAACGAUACAAUAGUCAAAUGAAGAGAGCCAUUGAACAGGAGUCACAAAUAUCAUUAAAAGAUGGCAGAAAAAAGAUAAAACCCACCAGUGCAUGGAAUUUGGCCCAGAAGCACAAGUUGAAAACCUCAUUAUCUAAUCAACCAAAACUUGAUGAACUCCUUCAGUCCCAAAUUGAAAAAAGGAGUCAAAAUAUUAAAAUGGUACAGAUCCCCUUUUCUAUGAAAAACUUAAAAAUAAAUUUUGAGAAACAAAACAAAGUUGACUUAGAAGAGAAGGAUGAACCUUGCUUGAUCCACAAUCUCAGGUUUCCUGAUGCAUGGCUAAUGACAUCCAAAACAGAGGUAAUGUUAUUAAAUCCAUAUAGAGUAGAAGAAGCCCUGCUAUUUAAAAGACUUCUUGAGAAUCAUAAACUUCCUGCAGAGCCACUGGAAAAGCCAAUUAUGUUAACAGAGAGUCUUUUUAAUGGAUCUCAUUAUUUAGACGUUUUAUGUAAAAUGACAGCAGAUGACCAAAGAUACAGUGGAUCAACUUACCUGUCUGAUCCUCGUCUUACAGCGAAUGGUUUCAAGAUAAAAUUGAUACCAGUUUGCCUGUAGUCACAGUACAUUUGGAUAAGGAUAAAAGCAUUUGAAAGAGAAGGAAUACAUCUGGCUUUGAGAGACAAGAUUCUCAAUGUGACUCUAAGAACUUUGCAUGCUAAUGGGAAUAGCUUUCUGUCCUGCAUCAAUAAGAAUUCCAUAUUUUAGGAAGUGAAAACUUGUCAAACCACUUACUCAUUUGAUGUAUUUUCCCUGAAAAUUGGUAAGCAUUUCACAGUAUUUUAUGGAAACUUUUCAAGGGUUAUUGUUACAUAGUUCCAAUGUCUCUAACUUUUCCAUAUCUGAAUUUUACAAACCCAGAAGUUAAAAUAUUGCUCAAUUUCCUUAUUUGUUGCCAAGUACCUUUUACCCAUUUCCACUAGGAAUUCUGUGAAAUGUGUAUAAUUUUCCAGGGCAAAUGUAAUUAGUAUUAGACUUUUCAUUCUAAUCAUACUGUAAAAGAUUUAAAACUACCAGUAGUGAAAAAAAUCACUUGGACUGAUAUUUUUGGCAAUUUUCAUAUCUAUAUAAAUAGUUAAAAGAGAUGUGAACUAGAAUAUUCUGCUACUACUUUUUGCCUACCACACACAGUUUUGAGUUCCAUUUACGUUUCCCCUGUUGCUCAAACUCAUUUCAUUUCCACUGUUAGUCUGUGUUUCUAUAAAGGAAUACCUGAGACUGUGUAAGACUCAGGUAGACCUGAGACUAAAAGAAAUGACCACAAGCCUUCUUUAUAAAGAAAAGAAGUUGAUUUGGCUCAUAGUUCUGCAAGCUCUACAUGAAGCAUAGUGCCAGCAUCUGCUUUCUUUUUACAUAUGAGUUCCAAGUUUAAGUCAUUUCUUUGCUCCCAUAUCUGAUGAUAGCCAUGCCACUUCUUGAACGAUUUUCUGCUUAGAAACUUCUUUCGCUAGAUAGCGAAAUGAAAAAGUGAUGACCUGGGUUAUCACUCUUAAAUUCAAACUUCCACAGAUCCUAAGGGCAAAGGUGUCCAAUCUUUUGGCUUCCUUGGGACACAUUGGAAGAACUGUCUUGGGCCACACAUAAAAUAUACUAACACUAACAAUAGCUCAUGAGCUUUAAAAAAAAAAAAUUGCAAAAAUGUCUCCAUGUUUUAAGAAAAUUUACAAAUUUGUGUUGGGCAGCAUUCAAAGCUGUUCUGGGCCACAAGUGGCCCACAGACCACAGGUUAGACAAGCUUGCCCUAGGGCAUGGACACAGUGCAGCCAGAAUCCUUGCAGGGACAUAAAAAGGGUGACCUUUACUCCAGUUUCCAAUAAUUCCUCAAUAUCAUCUGAGACUUUGUCAGCCUUUCACUGUCCAUAUUUCUGUCAGCAUUUUAGUAACAACCAUUUAACCAGUUUCUAAGAAGUUCCAAACUUUCCCUCAUCUUCCUGUCAUCUUCUGAGCUUUCAAACUCGUCCAACCUCUCCUCUUACCCAGCUCUAAAACCACUUCUACAUCUUCAGUUAUCUUUAUAGCAGUGCCCCACUCGUCAGUACUAAUUUUCUGUGUUAGUUCAUUUGUGUUGCUAUAAAAGAAUACCUGAGACUAGGUAAUGUAUAAAGA